UUGUGAUUCACACCGUGGGGCCCAUCGCCCAGGGGGAGCCCAGUUCCUCCCAGCAGACCCAACUCGCAGACUGCUACAAGAACAGCUUGAAACUUGCACUGGAGAACAAGUUGCAGACAGUGGCCUUUCCCUGCGUUUCCACUGGGGUCUUUGGCUACCCCAAUGAGGCUGCUGCGGAGGCUGUUCUCAACACGUUACGCAAUUGGCUAGAAGACAACAAGGACAAGAUCCCGGUGAGGAAACUCCGUCCUCAAAGCUCUGAAGUGGCUUCCUUGCAAAUCCCGCUGGAGACGCCGGAUCUUUUCCAAGGGGGAAAACUAGAAGAAAACACCCACCCUUCUUUCCCAGGCGCCGUUGGCCGCAAUUCCAGAAUAAAAAUGGCAAAGACGAUCCAGUUAUGUCGCUGGUAAAUCCUGGUGAAUGGGUAUGGGGCGGGGGGAGGGGGAGUGAGUAGAAGCAGGACUCAAAUUUUGUGUGAAACACACACAGACACACAAAACAGAAUUACAUCUGCAUACCUACUUGAUAGCAAUAGCAACAGCCCUUAGACUUAUAUACCGCUUCUCUGUGCCUUUACAGUCCUC